UAUAAAGAUGCCGUGGGAGGAGCCAUUUUAAUUAAUUGGAUCUAGUUGGAGCAGGCACUGUCCAAGUGGCACAGUCUCUUUGCCAGGGAAUAAGCUAGGCAGAUCUAGGAACAACAAAAAGUUAAAACUACAUCUUUGUUUUUAAUAAAAAAAACUUUUUAUCAUUUAGACUUUAGAUAGACCAGAAAUCUGGACACAGGAGCAAGAACAUAGUUUUCAAAAAGUUUGAUUCAGUUUUCAGAAAUAAAUUCUUCAAGCAUCUUUGAACUUUUAUAAAACAAACACUACCCAUGAUUUCCACUGAAAUGUGCAGCUACUUGAGAAGUGCAUUCAUCCUAGCAUUGCUUUUAGCCAUUACCCAGUGUCACAUGAAUGACGACAGCAGUGACAACAAUUCCAAAAAUGAGCUGCCAUCAGGGCUUGGAAGAUUAAUAUUUAAACAGAUGAGAUUUCGAGAAUUACCUGAACUUGGUGAGCCCAAAGAAGAUUCCUACGGCCCAUGGGAGGACAGAACAGAAGAACAAAACCUUGAAGUGGGUAAAAGAGAUCGUCAAAGGUUAGUGAAAGACUUAGCUGAUCUUCUCACCAGCAUGAGGGAACAAGAAACUGGAUCCACACUGCGCAUGCCAAGUCUACGUUUCGGAUAACUUCCUGCUCGUCAAAUAAUCUUUGAUUUAAACAAAAAAAAAGGUUCUUUGUUUAUUAAUUGGAUGAAUGGUUGACCCUCGGAUUGAAAUUUGAAUAAACAAAGUUAGACUUAA